UCCCAUUGGUGGGUGCUCUGGAUUCUGUAUUUGGUCCUGGAAAGCCACACAGUUCUCAACCAGUGCUCUUGUUGUGUUCAGUUUUUCUAUUUUGUGCAUUAAUUUUGUUAACGUAUAUACCGACAACAAAAACGGCAUCAAAUUUUGAAUGAAAACAUCCAACACUUAAAUCCGUUUGAAGCCCCCUCCUUGGAGACACCUGCUCACACUUCUCGGAGUGUAUUCAACAUGGGGAAAUAAUUUACAUCAAGCAACACUCUUUCCCACUGGAUCAAACCUGGCAGCGAUGCAGACUGGUCAUCAGGUCACCAGCAGCACCUCUCUCCAGGUCCCUCCCCAGUCUGAGACUGCUGUUCUCAGGAACAGACACCCAUUCCUGCUGGACACCGUCCAGCCCGUCCUGCUGCAGGCCAUCAUCAAUCCUAAGCGGGCUAUGGAGGGACCCCUCCAGACAACACAGCCCCCCAGGACCUGCAGCUCACCAGGACCUGCUGGGAAAUGCUGGAACUUGGAUGUGAGGGUGGCCGUGCUUCUGGUGACUCUGGCUGGAGCUGUAAUCCUGCUGCUGCUGUACAGACUCUUACAGCUGAGACACAGGCUGAGGUUGGCCAGGGCGAGGCACGCUCUGGAGUACUACAGCUUCUACCACACCGCCACCUACACACUCAAACACCCUGCGCCUUGUCAGGACCAGCCAGCAAAGAACAGAACGGCUCCUGAAGCUACUCCGCCUGUCCAAAUCGUAACCCUGGUGACACCCAAUGUCAUCACCCCACUUCCACCCCCACCGCUGCCUUCUCCACCCCCACUGCCACUCCCCCCACCUCCUGUCCUGCCUCCACCACUGCUCCACACUCCACCAACUCUCCCUCCAACACCUCCUGUCCUGGCCUUCCCUCUCCCCCUGCCUGUGAUCCACACCACCCCGCCUAGCCCUCACCUGUCGUGGGGCGCCUGCUCAGACGCAGAUGUGUACUCUCGGAUCGGAGCUUUCAGGCCCUCUAGGCUCUCCAGACUCUCCAACCAAUCGAAAGUCAUCCUGUUUGAACAUUCGUCUCUCUGACCUCUGACGUAGAACAUGACUGGAGAUGUCAAUAUAUGAAAAGAGUGUAGUGAUCACCGAAAACAUGCUCUUCUGAGGGACUGAUAAUCAUCGGGGGAUGACUAAGUUUUGUUUAGAGUGCUGUACGCAAUUUACUGUGUGCAUGCAAGGCAUCGACAAAUAUUUAAAAUUCAAAUAAUGUCAGGGCUUUCCAAAACUUCAGAAAUUAAAGUUUGAGUUUUGUGAGGCACUGAAUUGAUUUAUCCACUAUCCUUUAAAAAGUACCAGACUUUGUGCCAGACCUCUGCAGAAGGUCAAGCAGUCUGUUUUUUGAACAUCUCAACUGUGAUUAUGUUCUCUCUUAAUCCAGACUGGUGGAAGCACUGCAUGACAGGCCCACAGUGGAAGUUUCUUUCCCUGAAGAACUUUUACAUCUAUUCGUCUAUUCUUGUUUUGGAGGUAAAUAAGAAAGUUAAACUUGGAGAAAGACUUGUUGUUGUGUGCUCGUUCCUUCACAAACUGCUCAUCAUUCAGAGCCUCGCAAACUCCAGGAUCAUCUUCAGAGUUUUAUUUUCUGAAUAUAUAUUGUAAAUAGUAACUUGUUGGUAUUGAAUUUUUUAUACAUACACUGUUAACACGAAGAAGUGGAGGAAACUCAAAUCUUCAAUGCAUCAAUCUCAAUCAGAGGUGCAUCCCUCCCAAAUAAACAACUAAAUAUGGCAUGUUAGAGAGCUAUGGUGCAAGUGCUUAGGUUUAAAAAAAAAAAGAAAAAAGAAAGAAAUUAGAUAGAGGUAAGUGCACCCCACUUACCUCUAUCUAAUUUAUUUUGGUGUAGUCUGAAAAAGUGGUUUUCAGUCUUCAGAUGGAAGAUGGGCUGCUGUCCUCCAGUGACUCUGCUGUCCUGACUUCAGUGGGGAGUUCAUUCCACCACUGUGGGACCACAACAGAGAAGAGCCUUGACCAAGUGACUCUCAAAGUGACGGGAAGGCGAACUGUCCAGAGGCAAAGGAGCACAAUGUUAGGGCCGGUGUGUUGGGUUUGUCCAUGGCUUGGAGGUAGGAAGGAGCAGACCCUUUCCUUUCCUGUAGGCCAGCACCAGAGUCUUGAACUUGAAUGUGGACUGCAAAAGGAGUCCCGUGUAGUGAAUAGAGAACUGGAGUGUGGGGAAACUUGGGGAGGUUAAACACCAAAUGGACAGCAGCAUUCUGCCAGCAGUUGCCAGGCAACCAGCAGAUACUCCAGGAAGUUACUGUUUGCAAUCAAGAAAUAGUCCGGUAUAUAACCCCAUGAAAAAUGACGAAUUGUUGUUUUACACUUGGUUUUUGUAAGGAUUAAACAAACUAGUGAGCUUAAGAGGUGCUGGGGCGGAUUUUGUUACCUUUGACAGAGCUAGGCAUGCUGUUUCCCCCUGUUUCCAGUCUUUGUGCUAAAGCUAAGCUAACUGUCUGCUGGCCUUAUGUUAAACAGACAAAUAUGAGCGUGGUAUCGUGGUAAGUGUUUUUCCCAAAAUGUCAAACUUUUGCUUUGAGUUUAAGUUUAAGUUUAAUAUUGAACUCAUUAAUAGAUGCUCUGAAAUGCCUCUUGAUGCGAGAAUGAGACAAUUUAAGUUGACCUGACAAUCAUAUCUAAUUACAAUGAGUUAAUGAUAAAAGAUGAGUUGAUUAAUUAAAUUGGUUUUGGGAUUUCACAGGGUUCACAAAGUUAACAUAGUGUGAACUCUGAAAGUUGAUGUGCAUAUUUUAACUGUGAGCAAGAGAAAAGUUUGUUUUGUUUUUCUGAAAUGCUUAUAAUUUAUAUUUCUAGUAUAUAAUGUCUUCAUUUUUACACUGUAGUUACUGUAGCAGAGCCCAUUGUUUCCCCAAAUUCGAGGCAUUUCCUGAGCUGGUUUUCCAUGUCCCUCCCUGUUUCACACCAUUCUCUGCAUUCUCUGUGUUUCCUCUGACUCGCUCUCUGUGUCAAGCUUACUUUGCAUUUUGUUCCAACAAGUCCUCCAACCCAUAUGACCGCAUAGGUCAGGGUUGCCAGGUGUGUGUGACAAAACCAGCUCAGUGACCAAACAAAACCAGCCUAAAAUCAUCCCGACGGACAAUAAAACUAGCCCAAAACCCAGCUCAAUACCAGAACUCAAAAUAUGACCCUGCCAAAGCAUUUACGUUGCUUUUAAAUUCCAACAGCAUUGCUAUCAUUGCCAAAUGUAUUGUAACAUCUACAAAGUAACACCAUAAAUGUUUUGUGUGCCAGCAUUAAAAGCAGUUUUCCCUAAACAGCUCUUUCACCUAGGUCCUAAAAUGGCCUUGUGUAAUUAGUUACAGUAUAUGAUCAUUAAUAAAAUAUAGCUCUGUGAAA